CCGGACCGGGUUUGGCGGCGGACACGAGGUGGUCAUGGAGAUUCUGGCCGCCGAAUUCGGGGAUUUGGACCCGGGAUCGCUGGCGGCACCGAUCCGGGAGGUGGAGGAAAAAUGGAAGCUGCUCCCUGCUUUUUUGAAGGUCAAAGGUCUGGUGAAGCAGCACAUUGACUCGUUCAACUACUUUAUAAAUGUCGAGAUUAAGAAAAUCAUGAAAGCCAAUGAGAAGGUGACCAGUGAUGCUGAUCCAAUGUGGUAUUUAAAAUACCUGAAUAUUUAUGUUGGAGUCCCAGAUGUUGAAGAAAGUUUCAAUGUAACCAGGCCUGUUGCUCCACAUGAGUGUCGCCUCAGAGACAUGACGUACUCUGCCCCGAUCACAGUGGACAUUGAAUACACAAGAGGAAGUCAGCGAAUAAUACGCAAUGCACUACCCAUCGGCAGGAUGCCGAUAAUGCUGCGGAGUUCUAACUGUGUGCUUACAGGGAAGACCCCAGCAGAAUUUGCAAAGCUGAAUGAAUGUCCUCUGGAUCCAGGUGGCUAUUUCAUUGUUAAAGGUGUCGAAAAAGUUAUUCUCAUCCAGGAACAACUGUCAAAAAACAGAAUAAUUGUGGACGCAGACAGGAAAGGAACGGUUGGUGCCUCUGUGACCAGCUCUACGCAUGAGAAGAAAAGUAGAACCAAUCUGGUUGUGAAGCAAGGGAGGUACUACCUGCGACACAACACACUGUCAGAGGACAUCCCCAUUGCGAUAAUAUUCAAGGCUAUGGGGGUAGAGAGCGAUCAAGAGAUUGUACAAAUGAUUGGUACGGAGGACCCCGUGAUGUCUGCCUUCGCUCCAAGCCUGGAAGAGUGUCAGAAAGCCCAGAUCUUCACCCAGAUGCAGGCAUUGAAGUAUAUUGGGAAUAAAGUGCGCAGGCAAAGAAUGUGGGGAGGACCGAAGAAAACCAAGAUGGAAGAGGCUCGGGAGCUGCUUGCAUCGACUGUACUUACCCACGUCCCUGUCAAAGAAUUCAACUUCCGUGCAAAGUGCAUCUACACAGCCGUCAUGGUACGCAGGGUGAUUCUAGCCCAAGGAGCAAACAAAGUGGAUGACCGAGAUUAUUACGGCAACAAGCGUCUGGAGUUGGCUGGACAGCUUCUCUCUCUGCUCUUUGAAGACUUGUUCAAAAAGUUCAAUUCAGAGUUGAAGAAGAUUGCGGACCAGAUCAUCCCCAAGCAGCGAGCAGCCCAGUUUGAUGUCGUGAAACAUAUGCGGCAAGACCAGAUCACAAAUGGCAUGGUUAAUGCCAUCUCAACAGGAAACUGGUCUCUCAAAAGAUUCAAAAUGGACCGUCAAGGGGUGACCCAGGUGUUGUCUCGAUUGUCCUAUAUUGCUGCUCUGGGUAUGAUGACCAGGAUCUCCUCUCAGUUUGAAAAGACCAGGAAAGUGAGUGGUCCAAGAUCACUUCAGCCGUCACAAUGGGGAAUGCUGUGUCCUUCAGACACUCCUGAAGGAGAGGCUUGUGGUUUAGUGAAGAAUUUGGCGCUGAUGACACACAUCACGACAGAUAUGGAGGAUGGGCCCAUAAUCAAACUUGCCUUUAAUCUGGGUGUUGAAGAUGUAAAUCUGCUUUGUGGAGAAGAGCUUUCAUACCCAAAUGUGUUCAUUGUAUUUCUAAAUGGUAACAUCUUGGGUGUAAUACACGACCAUCAGAAGCUGGUGAAAACGUUCCGUUUGAUGCGCCGAGCGGGAUACAUCAAUGAAUUUGUUUCUAUCUCUACGAACCUGACAGAUCGCUGUGUGUAUAUUUCUUCUGAUGGAGGCAGACUUUGCAGGCCCUACAUCAUUGUGAAGAAUGGAAAACCAGCGGUAACAAACAAGCAUAUUGAAGAGCUUUCUCAGGGCUACAGAUCCUUUGAAGAUUUCCUGCAUGAGGGGUUAGUGGAGUACCUCGAUGUCAAUGAAGAAAAUGAUUGUUAUAUUGCACUUUAUGAGCAUAUGAUCAAAAAGUCGACAACCCACUUGGAGAUUGAACCGUUUACACUGCUUGGUGUGUGUGCAGGGCUCAUUCCCUAUCCUCACCACAAUCAAUCUCCAAGGAACACCUACCAGUGCGCAAUGGGGAAACAAGCCAUGGGUACAAUAGGCUACAACCAGCGUAAUAGGAUUGACACCCUCAUGUACCUGCUUGCCUACCCUCAGAAGCCCAUGGUGAAGACCAAAUCCAUCGAACUGAUUGAUUUUGAAAAGCUACCAGCUGGGCAGAAUGCCACGGUUGCUGUGAUGAGCUACAGCGGUUAUGAUAUCGAAGAUGCUCUUGUCCUAAACAAGGCUUCUUUGGACAGAGGUUUUGGAAGGUGCCUGGUGUAUAAGAACGCAAAAUGUACACUGAAACGUUAUACCAAUCAAACUUUCGACAAAGUCAUGGGUCCAAUGCUCGAUGCAGCGACACGAAAGCCAAUUUGGCGGCAUGAAAUUUUAGAUGCAGAUGGCAUUUGCUCACCAGGUGAGAAAGUGGAAAACAGGCAAGUGCUGGUGAACAAAUCAAUGCCGACGGUUACACAGACUCCACUAGAGGGAACCGCACAAUCUCAACAGCCGCAGUUUCGCGAUGUUCCAGUCACCUACAAAGGAGCAACAGAUUCUUAUAUCGAGAAGGUGAUGAUCUCCUCAAACUCAGAAGAUGCAUUCUUAAUUAAAAUUCUACUGAGACAGACGAGGCGUCCGGAGAUUGGUGAUAAAUUCAGCAGCCGGCAUGGACAGAAAGGUGUCUGCGGUUUGAUUGUGCCUCAAGAAGACAUGCCAUUCUGCGAUAGUGGAAUCUGUCCAGAUAUCAUCAUGAAUCCUCAUGGUUACCCCUCCCGAAUGACAGUCGGUAAGUUGAUUGAGCUGCUGGCAGGGAAGGCUGGCAUCCUGGAUGGCAGGUUCCACUAUGGCACUGCCUUUGGCGGCAGCAAAGUCAAGGAUGUUUGCGAGGACCUGAUACAUUACGGCUAUAACUAUCUUGGCAAGGACUAUGUAACCUCUGGAAUCACUGGUGAACCAUUGGAGGCGUACAUUUACUUCGGCCCUGUGUACUAUCAGAAGCUGAAGCACAUGGUCCUGGAUAAGAUGCACGCUCGGGCCCGAGGUCCCCGGGCUGUCCUCACCAGGCAACCAACAGAAGGACGAUCUCGCGAUGGAGGUUUGCGGCUUGGUGAGAUGGAACGUGACUGCCUGAUUGGCUAUGGAGCCAGCAUGAUGCUGCUGGAGAGGUUGAUGAUCUCGAGUGAUGCGUUUGAGGUGGAUGUCUGCGGGCAGUGUGGUCUCCUGGGAUACUCUGGCUGGUGUCAUUACUGCAAGUCAUCGUGUCAUGUUUCCUCACUGCGUAUCCCAUAUGCCUGUAAACUGCUGUUCCAGGAGCUGCAGUCCAUGAACAUUGUGCCCAGAUUGAAGCUGGCCAGGUACAACGAAUAAUCUGCCCUGGAAAGUGAGGGAGGUGUUUAAGCAGAAAUGGCACAAAUUCUCGUGGCACAGAGAUUCUCCCCAGAGCAUCACCGGGCUGUGGAGGGAAGAUCGAAACCUCAGAUAUGUCUGUUUUAUGCUCCCUGUUCAGCUCUCAAGUUGACAAGGAGAGAGAAUCAUUUGCUUGUGAUUGAUGGGCUGAUACAAUACAGCAACACUGACUGUAGCUGCCUUCAUAAAGGUCUGGCUAGCUCUCUUGAAGCGAGGGAGCAGAGUUAAUACAAGGCCUUGUGUUUGUUCACCAAAAUUAGUUUUGCUAUCAAACAAGAAAACAAAACCGCCCGACAUCAUUCAGCUAUAAGCGUCACAGCUGGGAGUAGCUGAAUGGCCAAGACAGACUCGAAGAAGAAGGGUUAUUUAAUUUAAUUUUUGGAAGGUAGCUGUAUCUGUUUUAUUCUGUAUGCUAUGGAUACAUCAUUUCAAAUAAAUCUUUUUUUUACAAUAAAA